AUGUCCCCUGGCAAAGGCCGCUUGAGGAUAAGGAGAGUCAAAUGCGGAGAAGAAAAGCCACAAUGUGCCAGGUGCACCACCACCGGUCGCAAGUGCGAUUAUGAGGGGACAUUCUUAAUAAUUGACAAACCUCUUUCAUUAUCUCCGAACACAGUGUGGCGAGAAAGGCGCUCCUUUGCCUACUAUUUCCAGAAUGCCGCAUCCUCGAUCGGCGGUGGACUAGAUGGUGAUUUCUGGAACACUAUCGUGCCCAAAGUUUGUCGCAAUGAGCCUGCUGUGUGGGAUGCCAUCAUCUCCAUUAGUGCACUCUUCGAGAGUCCCGAGCCAUGUCCAGAGCUCUUCUCUAUUCGCCGGGGUUAUUUACGCCCUUCCAAUGCCUUUUCCCUCAAUCAGAACCACCAAGAUGCGUUGAGCUGGUACUCGCGCUCGGUCUCUACAAUUCGCCAGCGAAUUGAAAGUGGUCGUCUUGACAUCUUUGUUGGUCUAAUCACUUGUAUUCUAUUCAUUUCCAUUGAGGCCCUCCAAGGAGGCGUGGAAGAGGGCUUGCAGCUCUAUAAUCAAGGCGUGCAACUUGUCUUGAAUUUCCGUGCUCAGAUCGCGACUGGCACAGUGCCUGUGAUGGAAGCCGCCUGGCUCGACAAUACAAUCGUCCCAAUCUUGAUUCGUCUGGGAUCUUUCGGCCUCCCUCUUACGAAGGGUCCCUUGAGUAUCCUAUUAUCAAACACCGAAUAUGACUCCGCACAACAUUUCGACUCGCUCAGAUCUGCCCGAGAGGCUCUUGUACUUUUAAGCGCAGAUGUGCAAAUAUUCCAAAUUGCCACCGUGGAGUACACACGAGAGCACGGCGCCUCAAAGAUACCCCAGGACUUCAGAACCCAACAAGCAAAAUUCCUAGCCAAGCUGAAAAGCUGGCACAAAUCAUUUACCAAGCUGAUGACUGCUCUACGCUCUGUACCGCUAUCCUCCCAACAAAUUGGCAUAGGCUCUCUCCUCUUCGCGCACCACGAAGUCAUAUACAUAAUCCUCUGCACGACCCUCACGACCUCCCAAACCAUCACCGACGAAUAUAUACCCAACUUCCAGACCAUAGUCGACGAAUCCGCCCUCGCCUUCACCGCAACUGCCCGACCAGAUGGUACUCAACCACCCUUUACAUUCGAAAUGAGCGUUGUCAACCCCCUCUGGUUCACCUGUCUUCGAUGCCGCGAACCCCGAAUCCGCCGGAAAGCACUGGCCCUCCUCCGUCGCGCACCUCUGGUUCAAGGUUUCUACAAGACAAAAUCCGCCAUUUCAUUCAGCGAGCGAGUAAUGGCGCUAGAGGAACAAUACGGAAUGGCCAUAACCACAAGCCGCCAUUCCACCCCCGAGUCACCUACAAGUGAGAUUACUUCUCAUUCGAACUAUCAUAGCCCGGGGGCGUAUCAUCUGCCUAAGCUUGACUUGGCGGAUUUCCUCAAGUUGGACUUUAAGUAUUCUACGAGUCUGGAGUCUAUGCCUGUUGAGUUGGAGAUGGCGCCGACAUCAGAGAUCAUUCCUGAAGAAGCGCGCAUGGGGCCUAUCAAUAUGUUCAGGCCGAGAGAUGGGUUUCCGCGUGGAACGACCGCGGCAGAUCUCGCCAAAGUGGAAUCCGAGUUCGGAUCAGGUGUUUUUGCGAUUUUCUUGGAAUAA